AUGCACUCGUUCAGCUUCUCUUCGUUCUUCCUGGUAGCCGCCUGCCGCCUUGCCCACGUGCUGGCGGACCUGCCCUUGAUCACCGACUACGAUGCCUACAAUGCCGGCGCCUAUGGAAACCGUCCGAACCAGACCUUCCACUCCUCCGACCUCGUGUCGCCGCGUUUCCUCGUCAACAAAUGGGACAGGAAUGCAUCCACCGUCGGGUCGCACUUCUUCAUGGCACCCGCCGCUCCCGGCAUGGGCUUUACGCCCAUCAUAUUGGACAGCAGAGACCUCAGUCUGGUCUACGCCGACCCCAAGUGGGACGGCGGCACCGAUGCCCGCAUGCAGAUGUACAACGGCUCCCAGUACCUGACCUUCUGGUCCGGCUACGACUUCAAAGGCCACGGCACCGGCGGCGGCCUGAUGGUCGAUACCUCGUACACCGAGUUCAGGAACCUCACCACAAAGGGCCUCGGCACCGGCGCCGACAGCCACGACUUCAAAAUGACAGGCGACGGCGGAGUCAUCAUGAACAACUAUCACACCAUCGUCACCGAUCUGACAUCGGUCGGUGGCACCACCAACAGCCACCUGCUGGACUGCGCAUUCCAGGAGGCUGAUGUCGAGACGGGCGAGGUGCGCUUCACGUGGAGGGCAAACGACCACUUCCACGUGACCGAGUCGCGGACCGACAGCCCAUUCGAGGAGACCGAGGACGGCUGGGACUGGUUCCACAUGAAUGCCAUUUCGAAGACGGCCCAGGGGAACUACCUGAUCUCCAUCCGCCACCUCCAGGCCCUCGCCCUCAUCAACGGUACCGACGGCAGCAGGAUCUGGCAGGUGGGCGGCAGCAACAACUCGUUCCGCGACCUGAGCGGCGGCAGGGCUACCAACUUCAAGUUCCAGCACGACGCACGCUUCGUCGACGCCACGGAGCGCGAGAUCACCCUGUUCGACAACCACAACAUGGCCCCUGGAGCCGCGCCCACGCCGGGCUGCACCGUCGACUGCACGCGUGGCCUGCGCAUCCGCCUUGACUACAACGCCAUGACGGUGCAGGUCGUAUCCGAGUUCUACCACCCGGUGGGCGUCCAGGCGUGGGCGCAGGGCGGCUAUCAGCUGCAGUCCAACGGCAACGCACUUAUUGGGUGGGGAGUGGUGCCGGCGAUGACCGAGUACAACGCGGCCGGCGACAUCAUCAUGGACGUCCAGAUCCGCCCGUGGGAUACGACAGAAGAAGGGGGCGGCCCUCUCUACCGCGCCUACAGGUUCGACUGGGUCGGCCAGCCGACGUGGGGGCCCAGCAUCGCCGUUGUCGACUCGGUGGUCUAUGUCAGUUGGAACGGGGCCACCGAGGUGGCAUCUUGGGCCUUGUCGGGCGGCGACACGCAUGUGACCCUCGAGGCGAUGGACACGGUCCCGAAAGCUGGCUUCGAGACGGCCAUCACGCCGCCCAGGGCAGCGUCGUUCUUCCGAGUCAAUGCGCUGGAUUCCAAGGGCAACGUGAUGGGUACAACUGAUGUCCUCGACGUGGCGAGCGGUGAAGUCGUUGGCUCCAUCAUCAGGCAUUGA